AUGAACUGCAGGAUCGUUGAGGGAAUGAUUUGCACUGCAAUUGAUUCAGAAGUGAACUGUCCGUGUGAUGAAUGCAAAAAGAGACAUUUUUCUAAUGGAAUUUCUUUCUUCUUCCUGAAAAAUAAAUUCUGGGUCGAAACUGUUUCUGAAGAAGAGUUGUUUCUAAGAUUAAAGACUCUUAAUCCACAGUUUGAAUUUCAGCGUGAUACCCUCCGCCACACUAUUCGUGAUUGCUUUGAUUUUGGAAAAGUGGUAGCUGAUAUCCAGGUUCGCACAGACAUAUGUAGUGUUUCUUUUCAGUACACCUUUGGAGAAUCUGUAAUAAAUUGGACUAGUGAUGCUGUUGUUCCUGUUUCUUCUGUGUUGCAUUAUCAUGUUGUUUUGCCACUUUCAUUUGCACUAGAAUCACUUUGUAAAAAGCAAGAUUUACUCAAUAACAAGUUAUUGGCUCUAAAUCAUCAUACAAAUCGGCUUCAUGAAAAACUAAUGCUUCCAAUGGGUGAGGAUAUGAAAAAAGAAGACGUGGAUCUGGAUUUUAGUUAUUCAUAUAACUUUUCAACAGGCUUACUUUCUUCGUCCUCUACUCAACAUCUUUUUUGUGAGGCAUCUAAACAUUUAUUCACUUCUAAAAUUCAAAAUAUGUGUGUUUCUCCGAUACAACAGAAACAGCCUACACGUGGGAUAAUAUCAAGUAAUCCAAACACCAAAGAUGUUCAGGAAACAGAAGAGAAACGAAGAAAUGAAUUACAGAAAAAGUUGGCGGAUAAACUGGGGAAGUCCAAAAGUAAAGAACUGAAAAAACAUGGGAUAUUUCGAAAGUGA